AACACAAAUACGGGGAGUUGUGGAAAAUUCUAGCGGCAAUUCACGUCUCCAGUGUGUUUUCUGACUUAGUGUGUGUUGUCCAUUCUGCUGUGCUAUACAAUUAUUGUGUGGCAAAAUAAAGUGCCCUUUGUUUCAUUAAAAUACCUCCAGUGUUACUAAUAUAGCAAAAUGUCUCUAAUUAACGACAAGGAAAAUCUCCACAACGGAAUCAACAACGUGCAUAUUAAGUCACCCGUAAAGAGUAACGUACUCGCAGCACAAAACGGCAACGUAAAAGAGGAAAAGUCAGAUAAAAUGGAUAUUGAAAAAACCGAGGACGCCCCGGCGUUCGACCCCCAGCUGGAGCCCCUGCUGCGCGAAAACCCUCGUAGAUUUGUUAUCUUUCCGAUCCAGUACAACGACAUUUGGCAAAUGUAUAAAAAGGCUGAAGCAUCCUUCUGGACUGUGGAGGAAGUAGAUCUCUCAAAGGAUAUGCAUGACUGGGAGAAUCUAAAGGACAGUGAGAGACACUUCAUCAAGCAUGUGCUGGCAUUCUUUGCUGCCUCGGACGGUAUUGUCAAUGAGAACCUUGUGGAGCGCUUCUCACAAGAAGUGCAAGUUACAGAAGCCAGGUGCUUCUAUGGGUUCCAGAUUGCUAUGGAAAAUGUACAUUCUGAAAUGUAUUCUUUGUUGAUUGACACAUACAUUAGAGAUCCUAAGGAAAGAGAUUUCCUAUUCAAUGCCAUAGAAACACUUCCUUGCAUCAAAAAGAAGGCAGAUUGGGCUCUACAGUGGAUUGGAAGCAAGACCGCAACCUUUGGAGAGAGAAUAGUAGCCUUUGCCGCAGUUGAAGGCAUUUUCUUCUCGGGUAGCUUUGCUUCAAUCUUCUGGUUGAAGAAGCGAGGCCUCAUGCCGGGCUUGACCUUCAGCAAUGAGCUUAUUUCCAGAGAUGAGGGCCUGCACACAGACUUCGCGUGCCUGAUGUUCAAGCACCUGGUGCAGAAGCCCAGCAAGGAGCGCGUGCUGACCAUCGUGACGGACGCCGUGGGCAUCGAGCAGGAGUUCCUGACGGACGCGCUGCCCGUGCGCCUGCUCGGCAUGAACUGCGACCUCAUGUCCGACUACAUCGAGUUCGUGGCCGACAGGCUGCUCAUGGAUCUUGUUGGUGAAAAGCACUACAACACAAAGAACCCGUUCGACUUCAUGAACCUGAUCUCCCUGGAAGGCAAGACCAACUUCUUCGAGAAGAAAGUCGGCGAGUACCAGAAGUGGGGCGUCAUGGCGAACCGCAUGGACAAUGUCUUCACGCUAGAUGCAGAGUUUUAACAUUUUAGACCUACUUAUUUGUAGUAUGUACGCACUACACGGCGGUGUUAAACUUUGAAUCGCUUUUCCAUAGAGAACUUUAUGUAUGAAAAUAAUAUUUUGUAUAAAGGAUUCUAUAUAAAGCGCUUCACACACCAUACUGAAUUCAGUAACUGGCGACAGGAACGUACGCAGCUAUACGUUAGACACGGUAGAGAUAUCUCCAUUUCACCUUUGCGUAUUGCUGCGUCCCUGUCGUUAAUUACCUACUGAAUUAGGUAAGGCUAGUGAAGCGCUUAAGGCAAAAUUUUAAGAUGUGUAUAAAUUGUGUGUUUGUGAUUGUAUGAUUUGAUUUCCCUAUCGCUGAAAGAGCGUGUGAGUGCAUGGACUGACAGUAUUAUUUGUUCCAAUAAUAGUAAAUGCCUAGUAAGGUGAUAAAUAAUAAGAUAUCUACCGGUGGAACCGGUAUGGUUAUUGCUAUGUGAAAAUCUUUUUUCAUGAAAUCCUCUUGACAUCUCAUAUAAUAUUGACUAGUAUAAGAUAAGUGACCUUUAUUGUAAGUACCUGGCGGACAGAGAGUAUAUUUAAUAAGUAUAAAUAAGAUAUUAAUUAAGAAUGAACUAUAUUCCUGCAUUUUGUACUUUUUUUUAAGAAUUAGUUUGGAUUAGGUUCUUAAUGCAAUUUUCUUAGAAUCGGUAACGUGUGAUAAUAAUGAUUAAUAAAAUUUAACUUUUAAUGACUA